AUUGCCUCCCUUGAAAAAUAUCAAAACAAUGACAGAAUCUGUUACAGAUAAUUCUUUUGAAACAACUGCUGUUAAAUUACUUCAGAGAUUUCACUUACUACAACAAGAAAGAGUAGAAACUUACACUUUAUUUGAGGAAGGUUUUGUGGCAUAUUUAAAGGGACAUCCAAAUUACAAUUUUCCUUUGUAUCGUCAGCUUGUUCAUGAGAUAACAGAAACAUUCAACAAAAUAUCUACAGAUAUUAUAGUCAUUAAAACCAGACUUAAUGAUGAUCACCAACAGAAUACUGUAGCUGGACCCAUCAGUAAAAUACAGGAGCAGGAGCAGAAGAAAUUAGAAACUACUGUACAACAUCAGAUAUCAAGACAGAAUGAAUUAGAUCAUCCUGAUGUACCAGGACACAAAGAACAAUCUGAAAGCCAUAAAGAAAAGUUAAAGGAAAUUGUUGAUAAAAUAAAUGACUUUUUGGAAGAACUUAAAUAUGAAUCAGAAGAAUUGUAUGUUGAAGAAGAGGACGAGAGCCAUGUUGAAAGAUGACAACAUUGAUAAGUCGUAAUUUGUUAGUUUAAGAAUUGUUUCUGAGAGAAAAGAAAACUGUGCAAAGAUGUCAUGAUACCCUUGAAGAUGUGAAAAUGAAAACGGGAUUGUUUUAUAAAUGUUAACAUCAAUAUUGUUUUAUUGGAAGGGAGAUAUGGUUUUGUAAUUUUCAUAUACAUUCAAUCUUUGUCUGUUACAUUAUUACUAUGAUAUGUAAAUGAAUAAACCAAUUCUCAUAUA